CGAGCCGGAGCCGGAGCCGCGGGUCUCCCAGCGCUGCAGUCAGUCGCUCCUCGGGAGCCGUGCAUUGUUGUGCGCGAGCUUGCUUGGUGGGGCGCAGGGAUUUACAAAGCUUGAAGACGCCCCGUCUUCUACCCGGAGCUCCCCCACCCCACCCCUUUAACCAUGUGGAUACCUACGGAGCACGAGAAAUACGGCGUGGUUAUCGCCAGUUUCCGAGGAACGAUCCCGUACGGACUGUCGCUGGAAAUUGGCGAUACAGUUCAGAUCCUGGAGAAGUGUGAUGGGUGGUACAGAGGAUUUGCCUUAAAAAAUCCAAAUGUCAAGGGGAUAUUUCCUUCCAGCUUUGUUCACUUGAAAAAUGCCUGCGUAAAGAAUAAAGGGCAAUUUGAAAUGGUUAUUCCCACUGAAGACUCUGUUAUCACAGAAAUGACAUCAACAUUACGAGACUGGGGGACCAUGUGGAAACAGCUCUACGUGAGAAAUGAAGGCGACCUCUUCCACCGGCUGUGGCACAUCAUGAAUGAAAUCUUGGAUCUGCGGCGGCAGGUGCUGGUCGGCCAUCUUACCCAUGACCGUAUGAAGGACGUAAAACGUCACAUUACUGCCCGCCUUGACUGGGGCAAUGAACAGCUGGGCCUGGACCUGGUGCCUAGGAAGGAAUAUGCAAUGGUGGACCCUGAGGACAUCAGCAUCACUGAGCUGUACCGACUGAUGGAACAUCGACAUCGGAAGAAGGAUACUCCAGUGCAGGCCAGUAGUCACCAUCUUUUCGUCCAGAUGAAGAGCCUCAUGUGUUCCAACCUAGGAGAGGAGCUGGAAGUCAUCUUUUCACUCUUUGACAGUAAAGAGAAUCGGCCAAUCAGUGAGAGAUUUUUCUUGAGACUGAAUAGAAAUGGGCUUCCCAAAGCCCCAGAUAAACCAGAACGACAUUGCUCGCUCUUUGUGGACUUGGGUAGCAGCGAGCUAAGGAAGGACAUCUACAUCACCGUGCACAUCAUCCGAAUCGGUCGAAUGGGAGCAGGAGAGAAGAAGAACGCCUGCAGCGUCCAGUACCGGCGGCCCUUCGGCUGCGCCGUUCUUAGCAUCGCAGACCUGCUGACGGGAGACACCAAGGAUGACCUUGUCCUGAAGGUGUACAUGUGCAAUACGGAGAGUGAGUGGUACCAAAUCCACGAGAACAUCAUCAAAAAGUUGAAUGCACGCUACAACUUGACUGGCUCCAAUGCAGGAUUAGCAGUUUCCCUCCAGCUCUUGCACGGAGACAUUGAGCAAAUCAGAAGAGAAUAUUCAUCCGUGUUUUCUCAUGGAGUAUCCAUAACAAGGAAGUUGGGUUUCUCUAAUAUUAUCAUGCCUGGUGAAAUGAGAAAUGACUUAUACAUCACCAUAGAAAGGGGGGAAUUUGAGAAAGGAGGGAAGAGUGUGGCCAGAAAUGUGGAAGUUACAAUGUUCAUUGUAGAUAGCAAUGGCCAGACCUUAAAGGAUUUUAUCUCCUUUGGCUCUGGAGAGCCUGCAGCGAGUGAGUACCACUCCUUUGUGCUUUAUCAUAACAACAGUCCCAGGUGGUCGGAACUUCUGAAACUUCCCAUUCCUGUGGAUAAGUUCAGGGGCUCACACAUCCGCUUUGAGUUUCGCCAUUGUUCCACAAAGGAGAAAGGAGAGAAGAAGUUGUUUGGCUUUUCCUUUGUGCCCCUGAUGCAGGAAGAUGGGAGGACUCUUCCAGAUGGUACACACGAGCUUAUCGUGCAUAAGUGUGAAGAAAAUACAAACCUUCAGGAUGCUACCCGCUACCUCAAGCUUGCUUUCUCCAAGGGCAUUUUCCUUGGGAAUAAUAAUCAAACCAUGAAGGCCACAAAGGAGUCUUUUUGGAUAACGUCUUUUCUGUGCUCCACAAAACUCACACAAAAUGGUGAUAUGCUUGAUCUUCUGAAAUGGAGAACCCACCCUGACAAGAUCACAGGCUGUCUCUCCAAGUUAAAAGACAUUGACGGCUCAGAAAUAGUAAAGUUUCUACAAGACACACUGGAUACCUUGUUUGGAAUUUUAGAUGAAAAUUCUCAAAAAUAUGGCUCCAAAGUAUUUGAUUCUUUGGUCCACAUAAUCAAUUUGCUGCAAGAUAGCAAGUUUCACCAUUUUAAGCCUGUAAUGGACACUUACAUCGAGAGUCACUUUGCCGGGGCACUUGCAUACAGAGACCUCAUCAAAGUGCUCAAGUGGUAUGUGGACAGGAUAACGGAAGCAGAGCGACAAGAGCACAUCCAGGAGGUGCUCAAGGCACAAGAAUACAUCUUUAAGUAUAUAGUGCAGUCCCGAAGGCUGUUUUCCCUGGCCACGGGUGGGCAAAAUGAAGAGGAAUUCCGCUGCUGCAUUCAGGAGCUCCUCAUGUCAGUCCGUUUCUUCCUCUCACAAGAGAGCAAGGGGUCUGGAGCGCUGUCUCAGUCACAGGCCGUGUUUCUGAGCUCCUUCCCAGCUGUGUACUCUGAACUGCUGAAGCUCUUUGAUAUCCGGGAAGUGGCCAACUUGGUCCAGGACACACUGGGCAGCCUGCCGACCUUCAUGCAUGUGGACGAUUCCCUGCAGGCAAUUAAGCUGCAGUGCAUUGGCAAAACCGUGGAAAGCCAGCUCUAUACCAAUCCAGAUUCCAGGUACAUUCUCUUGCCAGUCGUGUUGCAUCACCUCCACAGUCACCUGGAAGAGCAGAAGGACUUGAUCAUGUGCGCGCGAAUCCUUAGCAACGUAUUUUGUCUCAUCAAGAAAAAUAGCUCAGAAAAGUCUGUGUUGGAGGAAAUAGAUGUCAUCGUGGCCAGUCUGCUGGACAUCCUGCUGAGGACCAUCUUGGAGAUCACCAGUCAGCCUCAGGCAUCCAGCUCUGCCAUGCAGCUCCGGUUCCAGGACGCCACUGGGGAAUUUGUUGCUUGUCUCCUAUCCCUGUUACGACAAAUGACAGACAGACAUUAUCAGCAACUUCUGGAUAGUUUCAAUACGAAAGAGGAAUUAAGGGAUUUCCUGCUGCAGAUAUUCACUGUGUUCCGAAUACUGAUACGGCCCGAGAUGUUCCCCAAGGACUGGACUGUUAUGCGCUUGGUUGCUAACAAUGUUAUUAUUACAACAGUUUUAUACCUCUCAGAUGCACUUCGUAAGAACUUCUUAAAUGAAAACUUUGAUUAUAAGAUCUGGGAUUCCUACUUUUACCUUGCAGUCAUUUUUAUAAACCAGUUGUGUCUGCAGCUGGAGAUGUUCACACCAUCCAAAAAGAAAAAGGUGUUAGAAAAGUAUGGUGACAUGCGGGUAACAAUGGGUUGUGAAAUUUUCAGCAUGUGGCAAAACUUAGGAGAACACAAACUUCAUUUCAUCCCUGCCCUAAUUGGUCCCUUCCUGGAAGUGACCUUGAUACCCCAGCCAGAUCUCCGGAACGUCAUGAUUCCUAUUUUUCAUGAUAUGAUGGACUGGGAGCAGAGGCGCAGUGGCAACUUUAAGCAGGUGGAAGCCAAGCUAAUUGACAAACUGGAUAGCCUUAUGUCAGAGGGCAAAGGUGAUGAAACUUACCGUGAGCUCUUCAACAGUAUAAUUCCACUAUUUGGUCCCUAUCCUAGUCUACUAAAGAAAAUUGAGCGGGAAACAUGGAGGGAAAGUGGCGUUUCAUUAAUAGCCACUGUCACUCGGCUGAUGGAGAGGUUGCUAGAUUACAGGGACUGCAUGAAAAUGGGAGAGGUGGAUGGCAAAAAGAUCGGCUGCACAGUCAGUCUCCUGAACUUCUAUAAGACUGAACUGAACAAGGAAGAAAUGUACAUCCGCUAUAUCCACAAACUCUAUGACCUGCAUCUCAAGGCACAGAACUUUACAGAGGCUGCAUAUACCCUCUUGUUGUAUGAUGAGCUGUUGGAAUGGUCCGACCGGCCUCUCAGGGAGUUCCUGACCUACCCCACGCAAACAGAGCGGCAGCGAAAGGAGCGCCUGCACCUCACCAUCAUCCAGAACUUCGACAGAGGCAAAUGUUGGGAGAAUGGCAUCAUCCUGUGCCGCAAGAUUGCAGAGCAGUAUGAGAGUUACUAUGACUACAGAAACCUGAGCAAGAUGAGGAUGAUGGAAGCCUCUUUGUACGACAAAAUCAUGGACCAGCAGCGACUGGAGCCUGAGUUCUUCAGAGUCGGAUUUUAUGGGAAAAAAUUUCCAUUUUUCUUAAGAAACAAGGAGUUUGUGUGCCGAGGGCAUGACUAUGAAAGGCUGGAGGCCUUCCAACAGCGAAUGCUCAACGAGUUCCCGCACGCCAUUGCCAUGCAGCACGCCAACCAGCCCGACGAGACCAUCUUCCAGGCGGAGGCCCAGUAUUUGCAGAUAUAUGCCGUGACUCCCAUUCCAGAGAGCCAGGAGGUCCUGCAGAGAGAGGGCGUCCCAGACAACAUCAAAGGCUUCUAUAAAGUGAAUCACAUCUGGAAAUUUCGCCAUGACCGACCAUUCCACAAGGGCACAAAAGACAAGGAGAAUGAGUUUAAGAGUCUCUGGGUGGAGAGAACAUCGCUGUACCUGGUACAGAGCCUGCCUGGCAUUUCCCGCUGGUUUGAAGUGGACAAGCGUGAAGUGGUAGAAAUGAGUCCUCUGGAAAAUGCAAUCGAAGUGUUGGAAAACAAGAACCAGCAGUUGAAGACUCUGAUCAGCCAGUGCCAGACGAGACAGAUGCAGAAUAUCAACCCCCUGACCAUGUGCCUGAAUGGAGUCAUAGACGCUGCUGUUAACGGGGGUGUUUCCAGGUACCAAGAGGCAUUCUUUGUCAAGGAAUAUAUUUUAAGUCACCCCGAAGACGGGGAGAAGAUUGCACGGCUAAGGGAGCUGAUGCUUGAGCAGGCACAGAUUCUGGAAUUCGGUUUGGCUGUGCAUGAGAAGUUUGUACCUCAGGACAUGAGGCCCCUUCACAAAAAGCUGGUGGACCAGUUCUUUGUGAUGAAGUCAAGCUUCGGGGUACAGGAGUUCUCUGCUUGUAUCCAAGCCAGCCCCAUCCAUUUUCCUAAUGGAAGCCCCCGCGUGUGUAGAAACUCAGCACCUGCCUCCAUGAGCCCAGAUGGUACCAGGGUAAUUUCUAGACGCAGCCCAUUAAGUUACCCAGCUGUGAACCGGUAUUCCUCCUCCUCCCUGUCCUCACAAGCUUCCGCCGAAGUAAGCAAUAUCACGGGCCAGUCUGAAAGCUCUGAUGAAGUCUUUAACAUGCAGCCAAGCCCGUCUACCUCAAGCUUGAGUUCUACUCACUCUGCUUCACCUAAUGUGACGAGUUCCGCUCCAUCAAGUGCUAGAGCGUCUCCUUUGUUGUCUGACAAACACAAACAUUCCAGAGAAAACUCUUGCCUGUCCCCGAGAGACAGACCAUGUAGUGCCAUUUACCCGACACCUGUGGAGCCUUCCCAGAGGAUGCUGUUUAAUCACAUUGGAGAUGGGGCCUUGCCACGCAGUGACCCAAAUCUUUGUGCUCCUGAGAAAGCUGUGAAUCCCACCCCUAGCAGCUGGAGCCUGGACAGUGGAAAGGAACUCAAGAACAUGUCGGAUAGUGGGAAACUUACCUCCCCCCCUGUCCCUCCAAGGCCCACACAGACGGCUUCCCCAGCAAGACACACAACAUCAGUAUCCCCCUCGCCUGCCGGACGGUCACCAUUGAAGGGCUCUGCGCAGUCUUUCACCCCGUCUCCGGUGGAGUACCACUCCCCAGGACUGAGCUCCAACUCCCCGGUCCUGUCGGGCAGCUACAGCAGCGGCAUCUCGUCUCUCAGCCGGUGUAGCACGUCGGAAACCUCAGGCUUUGAAAAUCAGGUGAAUGAACAGUCGGCGGCGCAGGUGCCCGUGCCCAUGCCAAUGCCCAUGCCCGUGCCCGUGCCGGCGCCCAGCUUCGGCGGCCCCGAGGAGCCGGUGCGCAAGGAGAGCAAGACGCCGCCCCCGUACAGCGUGUACGAGCGGACUCUGCGGCGCCCCGUCCCGCUACCUCACAGCCUCUCCAUCCCCAUCGCCGCCGAGCCGCCCGCGCUGCCCCCCAAGCCCCUGGCCGCCAGGUCCAGCCACCUGGAGAAUGGGACCCGGAGGACUGAGCCCGGCCCGCGGCCCAGGCCCCUGCCCCGCAAGGUUUCUCAGUUAUAAGUCACUUUUCUAUGUCCCUGCGAUGAAUUCUUGGCCGUUUACAAAAUAGGAUGUUGGAUGAGAAGACAUUUAGUGUAGGCACUUUAAUAAACUUACUCAGAUAUUUCUUUAAAUGAAUGGAAUUCAAACUUGCUUAUUAAUACAAUGUUGCACAAUGUUUAAAAAAAAAAAAAAAAACGUUGCUGAUCUCAACCGCCAGAU